UAAUCCACGAGCCCCCACAGCACCGCUGCCCAGUGCCAGGGGCAGCCAACUUGCUAUUUCCUGUUCCACCCUCUUGGCUUUAAACAGAGAACAGACCUCUGUGUGGUGUGACCAGCAGAGUCAGAUCACCUCCCUCUGGUCAGACAUCAUCAGGAGCAGGAAAAAAAAGUCCAGUAAAGUGAGAUUUGUAUGAAAGUGAGGGAUAACGUUUUUUCUUUUCUUUUGUUAAUCAGGGCUUUUAUUUUGGAGUUUAAUUUUAUCUCGGAGGAAAAGGAAACUCUUGUGGACUGUUUGUGUCUGGUCCUCCUCCUCCCUCUGGAGGAUGAGAGGGAGUGGAUCACAGUGUGGAGCUGCUCCUCGUCCGCUCCAGCAGCAACAUUCACCUCCUGCUGCCUCUGUCUCACACACAGGAUUUUAUCCACAUGUUGUCAGACACACAAGUGUCUGAGCUCUUUGUGGUUGUGUUUGUUUUGCCAGUGGGAACUUUGUCACAUCCAGGAUCAAGGACGUGCUGCUGCUGCUGCUGCUGCAGGAGUCGAGAGAGUGAAAAGUCCCGGACAUGUUAGAGAUCUGAACCCACUGUGAACCAGGAUGGAGCCUGUGAAGAGAGACAUGGAGCUGCUCAGUAACAGCAUGGCGACCUACGCUCACAUCAAAGCUAACCCAGAGAGCUUCGCCCUCUACUUCAUGAUGGGCGUCUGUUUCGGCCUCCUCAUGGCGCUCUGCCUCAUGGUGGCCGCCCUCACCUGCAGGACCCGGCGCCGCAUCAAACCCCCACCAUCCCCCGAGAGGAGACAGCUGAAGGAGUCCAGUGCAGAGGAGGAGGAGGAUGAUGAGGAGGAGGAGAGCAUCGCAGAGGAAGACUGCGAAGAGGCAGACAUCCCCAAAGUGACAGUGGCGUCCCUGAGCGACUGCAGCAGCCCGUCUAAUGGAACUCUGAGGAGUGUGAACGUGUUUGCCUCCGCUGAGGAGCUGGAGAAGGCCAGACGUCUGGAGGAGAGGGAACGAAUCGUCAGGGAGAUUUGGAGGAACGGGCAGCCGGACAUCCUGGUCACGGGGACGGGGACGAUUGGACGAGUGCAUUACCACUAACAGACACUUUGACUGCAUCUUAAAGACACCUCACAGACUGCAAAGAUCAUGAUACACAUAUUUUCACUGUGGAAAACAAAAGGGUUCCUGGUAAAGAGAGGUAGAAUUUAAGCAUUGGGACCAUGAGGAGAAAUAAUCAGCCUGUGACAAGGGGAAUAUGACUCUUCUGUGACUAUGGAAAAAAUGGAAAAAAAAGUUUUGCUCCUUUCAUUGUCUCCCACUUUAUCCUCCACAUGAGGGUCACCAAUCCCAGCUGACAUAGGACAAAAGGUGGGGGACACCCUGGACAGGUCGCCAGUCCAUCGCAGGGCAAACACACACGGAUGAACAUGUGUGAGGAAACUGGAGAAAAUCCACUCUCACACAGGGACAACAUGCAAGGUCCCGAACCAUCAACCUUCUUGCUGUGAGGCAAUACUUGCUCCAUAUCCAUACGUUUAAAAAGUGUUUAAUAAGUGUUAUUAUUUACAUGGUAAAGAUAAAGUAGAAUAACAAUGUAGCAGAAUAUACUAAAGUCAUUUCCUCCAGCCUUAAGAAUGUACUCUGUGUGACAGUUUUAUGUUGCACUGAAUUUCCAACAAUUUACACUGUUCCCACACAUUUUCACCAAUUCAUUUUCAAAACUUUACAUACAUUUUCCACAAUAUUUUACCGGACUUCACAACAGUAGGCCCCUAAAGUGACUACAGGGCCCAGUAAUGAGGCUCUUACUGCGAUGCCCUAGCCCUGUCACAGGCUUUGUACAACAAUGUGUGAUGAAUUAUCUUAUUCAACAUCCUCAGUCGACUCUGUCUCUUUCUUUUAUUUGUCAUUUGAACACCGCGCAUUAUUAAAAACACACAGAUUAGCAUCCUGUUUGCGCUUGCUAACUUCACUCGGAGGGAACAUAAUGCAUACUACGUGUGUCACAUGAAACGUGUUUUAUAUUCUGUUUAUGCAGUUUUUAUAUUCAAUAUAUAAGAUCUAUAAGAUUUCUAAUUCCACAAGCCCUUGUCCAUUAAUCCCUGCAAAACACGGAUUCCUUCAAUUCCCAUGACGCAACUUCUCCUCCUUUGCUUUGACCCUCUCACUGUCCACAUCUUUCAAAUUUCACAUAUGACAAAAUAAUCUUGUCGAGCAAGUUUUGCACUAGAAAAAAAAUCUAAUUUUAAGAGAAAAUACCUAACUUUGUGUUAAUAUGAUAUCACAGCUUACUUUAAGAUGUCAUUAGCGAAAACAAUGGUUUGUGUGUGUAUUAAAAUGUGUUUAAUAAAGACAUUAAUCCAUUAUCACAGAUUGGUGUGUGCAAAUAAGAAAGUCUGAGGUAUAAAUGCUUAAAGUCAUCUUAAUCAAGUAAAGAAAGACUAAGCAUUUCUUUGCUUAUGAUGAGUUCAACUUUCUCAAAGUCGGUUUUUCCUCGUUUUAAGGCACACAGAUUAUUUUCUCAUUAUCAUUAUUACAAGAAAAUAAAAGUAAGAAUAUGUGGCUGA